AUGUAUCGCUGCAGGCAGUGUUUCCGCGACGGCAAGAUCUACGAGAGCGGCAACAAAAACAACAUGAAGGCUCAUCUAGGCAGCAAGCACGACAUGGGUCCAUACAGAUGUUCUGCUUGUCCCUAUAUCUUGAGCAGCGACAACGUGGAAGCCCACAUCUCAAGAGAACGCCGUAAUGGCUCUCAGACUCAUGCCCCUGGGACCGCUGAUGCUCGAUAUGAUGCAAACAUGAAUCUCGCUGUGCUGGACGAGAGUGACCUCUGCCUCUUGCCUCACAUUGCGCCCUGGCCCGCUCAGUCUGCAUCAGCUGCAGCACUUAGUGCUCCGCCCACUAUUCACGCUCCUCCUGCCGCUGGUCCCUCGAAUGCGACUUCCGACAACAUCUCAAACUCGAGCAGUGAUUCAAUUGUCAUUGAUGAGGACGACGGGCCGCAGGAAAGCGGAACUGUUGAUCUGACCUCUCCAACACCUACAACUCCCAUCGACCCCGUGCUCCUAGACCGCAGCACACUUGUUGACAUUCUAGAGAGAGCCAUAAUCAUCGGUAGGUACUACCUCUACCGAAUUGAAGAGCUCGGAAGUGAGCAUGGUUGUCGUCACAUUCUCAGUACCGACGGUCUUGAGUUCAACGAGAGACUGCGAGGCAUUGCUUCAAGAUUCCUGCGCGGUGCUCUCGAUGGUCUCGAUACCGCAUCUGCAGGCGUAAAAGACUGUGAUUUGGAAGUGAAUCAUUUGCGCAGAUAUGCACAGCGGACUUACGAUGAAAUGAAUCUUAUCUCGGAUGCGCUCACCUGGUACUCUAAUACUCAUACCAUCGGUGCAGUAAACACUGAAGAUGACAGAGAAAGGCUCGCAAUCAUGCAGAGAUGCCUCCUUUCCAGAUUCAGAUUCAAGGAAGUGACAGUGGAUUUGGAUGAGAUGGAGGAGGCUGAGAACAACGAGCAAUGGUACCAGUCCAAGAUGACCCAUCACGCUUGGCGGUUGCUCGACCGGAAUAUUCGUUUCGUCUGUGACUACUUUUCUCGCAGCUCCCUCGUUACCGGUGCCGAUUUUUCAUCACCUCAGGUAGCCAUCUCUGAGCUUGCGUUCAUCAACGGCUGCUUUUGCUCAGGUCUCGACACGCGAAGAAGGAUCUCGUUCCUCUUCCUGAGUUCCUAUCGUCUACGCAGAUCUUCGUCGCCACGCCUGAAACACAACAUUCGCGCCCUCACGCAUUGCGUCGUGUCGCUUCGCCAUCGCACACUGCUUUUCACACGCAACCAACUACUCCAACCUACAACCAACGACACCGACCAGAUGGCUGCCAACAACAACUCUGUCUGGCGCUGCCGCGAGUGUCUGUCCAACGGCACGACUACGGACUGUGGAAGUGCGCCACACAUGAAGUCGCACCUCGCAGGUCACGGCUACGGUCCCUGGCGCUGCACCGGCUGUGGUCACAUUGCUAGAAGAAGGGAAGCAAUCGUAACCCAUCAACGUCGUGCUGGUGAGGUAGGCGCUGGUGCUUACUUUGACCCGGCUCUGAACACUCGUGUGAACCAAGAGGUUCAAGAGUGUCUACUCCCUCACCAAAACCUCUGGACGGGCCAGACUCCUCUACCUCCUCCAGAUCCAACUGCGCGUGCAAGAGCUAUCGCUGCGCUUCAGCAACCUCCACAGCCUGUUCCUGUCGCAGCUGCUCCCCCAGCAGUUCCCCAACCGUCAAGCAGCCAAGCUGAGGUAGCAACAGAUGCCUCUGACGCCGAGGUCGACCGGGCUCCUGAUUCGGCUUACCCCUUCAUGCCGGAUCUCAACUUCAUUGCUGAAGCUGUCGACGUCGCAAAGAAAUUCGCCAACCUCAUGGACCAGGCAGAGGUAGUCGAUGGCGAUUCUGCGCAGGUCCAGACCCGGAUCGAUCUUCUUCUCCAGCACGUCCGCAACAUCCAGGGUGCACAGACGGUCGAAGAAGCCGACGAAGAUCUUGAAGUCAUGAUUGGAGUCAUGGACUUCUUUUGCAACGCUCUCCAUGGAACGACCGAUGUGGUAGACGUCCUCAAGAACGAGGUCAAGAAGAUGGAACGUUUGAGACGUGACAUCCGGGAUGAGUGA